AUUACUUUUUGCUUUUAAUAAGACCAUUCAGAACUAAAAAAUUGUGUAGUUUUAAAUAAAAUUCUCAGUUUUAGUAAGGUAUAAAAAGGAAAUAGCAUGGGUCGUCGUAAAACUAAGUCAGAGACGGUGGCAGAUAUUUUUGGAACUUCGCCGAAGCCGCGGGAAAGUCCAAAAAGGCAGGGAGUGAAGCGGAAAAUGGUGAAAGUGUCUGCCGGGCACAAGAGGCGUAGUCUUCCUUGCCGCCUGAAUCCAAGUGUUAUCCGCCAGAUUUGUGAGCCCGCGGAGAAGUGCAAGACCUCGAAAGCCCGUAUUAUGUACGUCAAUUCGAACUACGGAAGUAAGAACAACGCCGAUCUCAGUCAAACCGAUUGCCAUGAGCCUAAUUGCCCUUGCAGAGGGCCGAAAUCAUCGAAAUCUGAGCCUGGACCCAAGCCAAAGAUGGGUCAGAGUCCUGCUACAUGAGAUGAUACGACUGUAACCCCAUGAUGUUGAAAACUACAAAAAAAGCUUAGUCGAUAUUCCAGAACUAAUCCACAAUCUAUUCCUAAUAUUAAAAUAUCUAUGGACAAUAUCAUAACAUCCUAUAUAAAGAGCUUAGAACUCAAUGUCCCAGGAUAAUCCUACGAUAUACGAAGUAAUGAUCCUUUAAAGGCCUGUGAAUUUUGUAAUUAUUUGUAUAUGAAUGUGGCAGCCCUUCGAAUAUAUAUUUGGA